AUGGCGUCCGGCUUCCCUAUUCUUCGCGACGUGGUGGCGUAUCCCACCCUGGCCGUGGCCGCCUCGCUCGUGGUCUACCAGUGGCAGUGCGUGGCCGUCGGCCUGGCGCGCCACAAGUACGGCGUGGCGGCCCCCAAGACCACCGGCAACGACGACUUCGAGCGCGUUUUCCGCACCCAGCAGAACACGCUCGAGGCUCUGGUCAUCUUCGUGCCCUCGGUCUACACGUUCUCCUACUUCGUGCACCCGGUGGGCGCGGGCGUGCUGGGCGGCGUGUUUGCGGUGGGCCGACUGAUCUACGGCCUGGGCUACGCCAAGCAGGCCGAGAAGAGGAGCGCGGGCUUCGCCCUCUCCCUCCUCGCCAACGCCGUUCUCCUCGGUGGCACCGUCUAUGGCGUCGGCCGCUACCUCCUCACUCGCCCCUGCUAA